UCCGAGGCGGCGGCGGCGCAGCGGCGGCGGCGGCAUGCGCGUGUGAGAUGAGGCCUCGGGUAGCCCGGACGCGAGCAGCGGCCCCCGGGGCAGCGGCGAAGACCAGUGCGGCCUCUCCAGUGCGCGGCGCGCGGUGCAUGAGGGCGAGCGCGCGGGCGCUGGGCAGCCGCCGGCCACGCCGCCUCCAUAAACACUUGUUUAGGACUUGUUCGCCUCGCUGAGGCCGUGGUGCCCGGCAUGGAGCCCCCGCCCGAGCCGGAGCCAGAGCCCCAGUCCCUUUCAGAGGCCUCAGCCGCCGCGCCGCUGCGCGCCCCAGAGGUGGCGCGGCUCCGCGAGGAGCAGGAAAAGGUGGUCACUAACUGCCAAGAGAAAAUCCAGCAUUGGGAGAAAGUAGACAGUGACUAUAGUGCUCUUCAAGAGAGACUGAGGACCUUGCCUGACAAGUUGUCUUACGACGUCAUGGUACCGUUUGGCCCUCUUGCCUUCAUGCCAGGGAAACUUGUCCACACUAAUGAAGUCACUGUUUUACUUGGGGACAACUGGUUUGCAAAGUGCUCAGCAAAGCAGGCUGUGGGUUUAGUUGAGCACCGGAAAGAACAUGUAAGAAAAACAAUAGAUGAUUUAAAAAAAGUGCUGAAAAAUUUUGAAUCCAGAGUUGAAUUCACUGAAGACUUGCAGAAGAUGAGUGAUGCUGCAGGUGAUAUUGUUGACAUAAGAGAAGAAAUUAAAAGUGACUUUGAAUGUAAAGGAAAACAACGAAUUGCUCAUAAACCUCAUUCCAAACCAAAAACUUCAGAUGUUUUUGAAGCAGAUUUUGAAAAUGACGUAAAACCCAAGGAUUUGCUUGCUGAUGAGGAAUUAUGGGCUCGACUUGAAGAGCUUGAGAGACAAGAAGAAUUGCUGGGUGAACUUGAUAGUAAGCCUGAUACUGUGAUUACAAAUGGAGAAGACACAGUGUCUUCUGAGGAGGAGAAGGAAAAUCAAGGCACAGGUGUGAAUGUGGUGCCUCCAGUGACAGACUCCUUUGCCUCUGGCAGCUGUUGUAUGCAUGCUCGAAAUGCAGGACUCCCUAAUGGUCAAGCCAGUAGUCUUUUGAACUGUUCAGUGAAUGGUUCAAAUUCUUACCAUAGCAACGAAGAAGAUGAAGAUGAUGAUGAUGAAGACACUGAUGAUGGUGAUGAUGAUGAUGAUGAUGAAGAAGAAGAAAGUGACCACGCUAUUUCAGCAGAUAAUUCUAUACCAACAAUAUAUUUCUCUCAUACUGUUGAACCUAAAAGGGUUCGAAUAAACACUGGGAAGAAUACCACUUUAAAAUUCAGUGAAAAGAAAGAGGAAGCCAAACGAAAACGAAAGAGCAGUGCUGGAAGCCAUGCUACCCACGAGCUGCCUGCAAUCAGGAGCCCGGCUGACAUUUACAGAGUCUUUGUGGACGUUGUGAAUGGGGAGUAUGUCCCUCGGAAGUCGAUCCUGAAGUCUCGCAGCAGAGAGAACAGCGUCUGCAGCGACACGAGCGAGAGCAGUGCGGCCGACGUGGAUGACCGGCGUGCAGCUCUGAGAAGUGUGGGCUGUGAGGAGGCCUCGGGCACUGAAGCCAGUGCGAGCAUCGUGCAAGAACUACAGGAGAGCCACCGCAAGGAGCCCUCAGGAGUACCUGAGGCUUUUUCUGGGACUGUAAUAGAAAAAGAAUUCUCAUCACCCUCCUCAGCACCACACUCAGCCGUUGCUCAUCAUGCCCUACCCACUAUUCCAGAGCGAAAAGAAGUUCUGUCAGGAGCAUCGGAAGAACCUGCAAAGAGGGUUUCCAAGUUCAAAGCUGCCAGAUUGCAGCAGAGAAAGUAGAGGAGAUGGGCUUUACCUUGUGCAACUCAGACUUUACUUGAGGGCACAGCAAACUCAGCCUGGAGCUGGAAAGGCGCUCUGCCUCACUCGG